AUGAGUUCUCGAAAAGAAAUACUUGUGUUUGAUAACAUACCUUCAUUAAGAAGUUGGAGACAACAAUGUAUAAAACAAGAUAAACAGGUUGCAUUCAUACCUACGAUGGGCUCAUUACAUGAAGGUCAUUUAAGUCUAGGUAAAAGGCGAUAUGUGAAACAAGGGAGUCAACAUUGUCCAAUAGUUGUAGUAUCAAUAUUCGUUAACCCGGCCCAAUUCGCGCCAAAUGAAGAUUUAGAUAAAUAUCCUCGCACACUUUCAAAUGAUUUAGAAUUACUUCGUUCAUUGGACUGUGUUGAUGCUGUAUUUUUACCUAAAGUUGAAGAAAUUUAUCCAUAUGGUAUUCCACUUGACGUCGAAAAACAAAAAGGUGCCUUUGUUGAAGUAAGAGAUAAAUCCCAUCAGAUGGAAGGUAAAUCAAGACCGUUAUUUUUUCGUGGAGUGUCAACGGUAGUGACAAAAUUAUUUAAUAUAGUACAACCAAAUUGCGUCUUUUUUGGUCAAAAAGAUGCACAACAAUGUAUAGUAAUUCGUACUUUAAUUUCCGAUUUACAUUUUCCUAUUGAAAUGCAUGUUGGAACAACCGGGAGAGAAUAUGAUGGAUUGGCAAUGAGUUCUCGUAAUAAAUAUUUAACACCUGAUCAGCGUAAUUAUGCUACGACAUUGUUUAAAGGGUUGUCCGCUAUUAAAAAUGAAUUUGAUCAAGGUGAAAAGAAUAGAGAAAUCUUGUUAAAUAAAGGUUACGAAUUAAUUGAAAAAGUUACUAAAGAAGUUAUGGAAAAAAAUUUGGGGUUCGAAUUAAAAUUGGAUUAUUUAUCUUUAGUUGAUCCUAGAACUUUAGAGGAAUUACAAGAAAUUGAAGAGGAAAAGGGAGCGAUUUUGUCAGGUGCUUUGUACGUUGGAAAAACCAGAGUAAUUGAUAAUUUAUUACUUAAUUGCACUUUGUAA